AUGGAUAUCGAUCAGUCUCUAGGGGAAUCUUUUUUAGAUGGGUUUAGGAAUGCUGGAUUUGGGAUCCCUGGAGACCAAUUGACAAGGAAUCCAGAAUUGCAAGAACACCCAACAGGAUCAAAGAAUCAAUUAAAAAACAAUCCGCUCAAUCCGAGCGAUCGAGAGCAAGAAAAUAUGCUGCUUCAAGAACACGCUGGCCCGAGCUCCUCGAUGGGGAAAGCUCAAGUUGAGCCUGCUGAUGCCAUCAAAUUAAGAACCAAGGCUAUCAUGGACAAAGAAAAGUUUCCGGAAGAGAAAUUCAAGAUGGAAUUGGCGAACGAGAAAUGGAUGCUUCACCAAAUCCGUGCGGUGCACUUCAGAGUCGAAAUCAAGCAAUAA